GCGACUACUGUUCCAAACUGGAACGCCCUGAAAGUACGUGUGUGUACUUCGAGUCGGCAGCAAAUGCGCGGAGCCGAAACUAGCUCAUGGAUGAAGCAGCUCGCGAGCUCUUCCCGGCAAGGUCGCCACGGCCACGCCCUCCACCUCUUUUUCACCCGCCUGAGCCUCCAAGCCAGCAUCGGCGGCACGGUUGAUCCCUACCCUGCUUCCGUGCCCACCGCUCUACGCGCCUGCGCACACCUCGCCGAUUCCGGCCGCCUCAUCCACGCGCUCGUGCUCACACGCCCCGCCCUCGCCUCGGACAAAGUCAUCGCGACCGCGCUGCUCGACAUGUACGCCAAGUGCGGCCUCAUUCCAAGCGCCCGCAAGGUGUUCGACGAAACGCCGGCGAGGGACCUCGUCGUCUGGAAUGCGCUGCUCGCGGGCUACGCGCGGCACGGGCUUCCAGAGCACGCGCUGGCGCUGGCUGUCAAGAUGCGGGGCCUCGGCCUGAGCCCCGAUCUGGUCACCUGGAAUGCUGCCGUGUCGGGCUUUGCCAUGGCCGGCGAUGGCAGAAUGGCCAGCGAUUUGGUCGGCGCCAUGCAAGAGGAGGGGUUCCAGCCAGAUGUGGUGACAUGGACAUCGCUCGUCUCUGGCUCGGUGCUGAACUUCCAGUAUGGGAGAGCGCGAACCCUGUUCCGGGAAAUGGUGGCCGGUGGCGCCCGUGUCCUGCCAAGCUCGGCCACGAUUAGUAGCAUCUUGCCAGCAUUUGCCGGAGUCGGUGACACAAAGCAUGGGAAGGAGGUCCACGGCUACGCUGUCGUGACCGGUGUCGAGCAGGAGCUCACGGUGAGCAGCGCGCUCGUCGACAUGUUCGCCAAGUCCGGGCUUGUGCACGAGGCGUGCCGCUUGUUCGACAAAAUGUCAGAAAGGAGCACCGUGACAUGGAAUUCCAUGAUCUUCGGGCUGGCGAAUUCCGGCCACUGCCGGGAAGCAGUCAGCCUCUUCGACCGGAUGCUGGACGAAGAAGCGACGCCGGACCACCUGACGUUCACGGCCGUUCUGACAGCUUGUGGCUACGGUGGCAUGGUCGAGACCGGGAAGGCCCUGUACCAGCGCAUGCAAGAGGAGCACGGCAUCGUGGCGAGGCUGGAGCACUACGCCUGCAUGGUGCAUUUGCUUGGCCGAGCCGGGAGGCUCGUCGAGGCUCACGAUUUCAUCAGGGCGAUGCCCAUCGAGCCCGACUGCUUCGUCUGGGGGGCGCUGCUCGGUGCCUGCCGGAGCCACGGGAACGUCGAGCUCGCGGAGCUGGCGGCGUCCCGCGUGCGCACCGUCGAGCCAGAAAACGCCGCGAGCUACGUGCUGCUCUCGGGAGCGCUGGCAGAUGCCGGCAAGCAGAACGACGUUUUCAAGAUCAAAAGGUUGGUGAAGAGACGGCGGCUGAAGAGGCUUGACGGUUGCAGCUGGCUAGAGACGUCCUAGCUAUGGUGACGAUAAGCAGGCUAACAUCAUGUGCACUGUCGAGCAGUAGCACAAUUGUGUGAUCAUGGCGUGGGAAGAUGUGCACUGUCGAGCUCUGGUGAUCUAUCUGGCGGUGCAGGACUUCUUGCAGAAGAGGGAGAGCGAGAAGUUUGAGAGGGAGGAAGCUGAGAGACAGAAAGAGGAGGCGAGGCAGAAGAGGGCCAAAGCGAGGGGAAAGAAAAGAAAUCGACGAUGACUGCUUCUUCAGUAACCUCAGUGUGAGAACUCAUGGCUGGUUCUUCUGUAACCUGGAUCAUUCUCCGGGGUAUGAUUUUUGUGCUGGUUUCGUGUCAUUCUGACGUUCUGGGGCCCCUUUCUCAUCGUAGUUCAGUUCAGAUGAGUUCCAUUUCCUGUCAGUUAUUCAGGCUGUGAAUCGUGAGUAAAAGUGUUAUGUACUGCAAAAUACAUGGUAAAUUAUAUCUCAAAACCGACGCCGACCGAAUAAACCUGAUGCAUGCGGUC